AUGCCGCCCUCCCUCCCCUGCCCCGUCUGCGCCAUCGACCUAUCCUCCCUCUGCCCAUCUAGCGCCUGCAUUGACCACCUGUCCCUCUGCCUUCGCAGCCGAGAAGUCCCAGCGAACAACAUCAACAUACCAGAGAUCGUCAUCACGCCUCCAGAUGCGCCGCACGACCUCCUCUGCAAUACCGUCACCGUGGUCGAUGCCAAGCUCCUGCAUGCGCCGAAGCGGAAUAAGUUUGGACGGGCUGUUGGCGUGGUUGGGCGGAGGAGGAAGGUGGUUAGUGAGGAAGAAAAGCAAGGGAUUGUGGGUAGGCGUUUGCGGAUUGAAACGGUGGCGAAGAGUUAUGAGCGGCGGGCGUGGAGGGUACAUGCACCUAGGGGUGGGAACAGGAUGCAUCUUCGCAGGAUUGCGGCUCGGCUCAUGCGCGGUCGCGGUGGAGAUGAGGUGCGUCGUGCGGAAGCGGCGAAUGGGUCGGUUCUAGCUGAGGGGAUGGAGACUCAGGCUGCACCGUCGAAGUCCGAGGUCACGGAUAUGUCGCCUGUUUAUAACUCUCUGGAGUGGAAGGACGGUGGAAGCGCAGCUACUAACAGCACGCCUCUCUUAGAGGAUGCACAGAACCGUGAAGAGCCCACUUCCCAUUCCCCAGGAACAACCCGCACCCCCUUCUCGCUAGCAGCUGCAGAACCGCUCGACUCCCAACCACACCUCGUCACAGCCUCGCCACAUGCCACCACCCCCAGCCCAACGCCAUCCUCCACCUCCCCCCACUCCCUCUGGUCCCCCGCAUCCACCCUAUCCGACUCCCCCAGCGAGUGCUCAUCCGCAUCCGCCUCCUCCGUAACGGGAAGCUUCACAUACCCGCUCUCCCGCCCCCGCCGCGAUUCAUCAACCUAA